AAUGAAAACCCUAACAAUGUCCAUGUCCAAUUGUCCACGUCCAUGAUGGGAGCCUUAAAACAAACACUAGGCAUCAGAGAAACCCUAAUAGCAUUUUGCGGCUGUCAUUCCAAUCUUUCUGCCGUUCGUCUUUCAGGAGCUCUUCAGCCAUGGUUAACGUUCCUAAGACAAAGAAGACAUACUGCAAGAAUAAAGAUUGCAGAAAGCAUACAUUGCAUAAGGUGACACAGUACAAGAAGGGGAAAGAUAGCUUAGCUGCUCAAGGAAAACGUCGUUAUGACAGGAAGCAAUCUGGUUAUGGUGGUCAAACAAAGCCUGUCUUUCACAAGAAGGCAAAAACCACAAAGAAGAUUGUGCUAAGGUUGCAAUGCCAAGGUUGCAAGCAUGUCUCACAGCACCCAAUUAAGAGGUGCAAGCAUUUUGAAAUUGGUGGAGACAAGAAGGGCAAGGGAACUUCUCUCUUCUGAGCUGUUAUUAAAUGUAGUUUUAGUUUCAGCUAUUUAUAUUAUUGUUUUGGUUUAAAGUUGUUGAAAUUCUACAAUUUAAGUGACUUUUCUUUUCUUUUUUUUUUUUUUUUGGUUUUGAGAUACUUGGCUUGAAUUGAAAGUUAGUUUUUUUUUUGAGU